CCUUCGCACAACCCCGGAUGUGACUAGUGCAGUGUUCCUUUAUUCCAGUACGAAAGACGCGAUUUUUACGGUACUUCCAGACAACACGGACGAGAAAAGCGAUGGCUGAUCCCAGUUCGGAAGGUCUACGUCCUUGCCACCCUGGGAACGAGACUGAAGAUCUUGGCCCUAGCCACCCUGGGAACGAGACUGAAGGUCUGCUCACUGGCCACCCUGAGGUCAAGACCAGCAGCAGGGAGGGCCAGACAGCAGAUGCGGGCCGGCAGCAGGACUGGGAAGAACCAGUUUCAUGCCAGGAAACGUUUGAUGGGAAGGUCAGGGAAACUGGCUCGUCAUCACAGCUAGAACGGGUGGAUAGUCGCAUGCCUGAAGUCAAUACUGAGAAACCCUUCAUGUGUGGGGAGUGUGGGUUCAGGACAGCAAAGAAGUCUCACCUAUCCAGACAUAUGAGAACUCACACUGGUGAAAAGCCCUACAAGUGUGACCAGUGUGACUAUUCUGCUGCACGGAAAUCCCAUUUGGACCGACAUCUUACAAAACACACCGAGGACCACCUUAGAGAACAUGCCCAGGAGAAACCCUACAUGUGUGAUAAAUGCGGGUACAGUGCAGCUACAAAGGAUGAACUGUCCGUACAUAUCAAAACUCACGCCACAUAA